AUGAGCGAGCUGCUCAACUACCUCCUCCAGAACGAGGAGUCUUUUCGCAAUAGGACGCGACUCCCCGCCCUCUACUCCGACUUUCGCCAGCAAGCAACUUUGAACCCUGACGGGUUCCAAGCCAACGUUCACGCAUGGAAGCGCGGCCUCUCCAAUGCGGCCCUUGCCGGCCACGUGCCCUCGAAAACGGCCACUCGAUCACACCUUGUUCUGGAUCUCGAUGACGCUAUUCUCGACUCCCUGACGAGCCCUCAAUAUGGCCGUCCACUGGCCCUUGGUUCUGUCCUUAACGAGGCUGUCGGCACGGGCGAGAUGCUCCCUCUCCAGCAGUUCCUCAAGGCACAACAAUCUAUAUACCAGAAAAGCUGGGGCAGCAUACCCUUGAACGUCCUCUCCUGGGGGUUACGACAGGUCGGCGUGCUUGGCGCGCCAGGCACGGGGCGUGGCAGCGACAAGAUUCCUCACGGCCAGUUCGUCCUCCUGCCUAACCUCGAAAGCGCCUCAAAGGCAUUUGUGGACGCGACGCGCGGUCGCACAAGCCCGUUUGAGCGGACGUUUUCUAAAGCGCAGUUUCGGAGGACCUUCGGCAAUGCCGUGCUGGGCCACAGCGAGCAGCUCUCAGAUGCCGACAUGGAGGUUCUCAUUCGGCACCUUACGCGAGACAAGCCCGUCCUUGCUACAGACGGCACGACGAUCAAGAUCCGAUCGGACUCCGGCGCCAGCGAAAACGAGGGAAGGAUCACCGAAGAGGACUCAGCAAUCGCCAGCCUCAAAGACCUGAUCGAGGACCUGACCAGGCAGACGGAAAUUUUGGGCAGACGUGUCGAGGAGCUCAGCGCGGCCGCCCAAGACGCCGUGCGCCGCAAGAAUCGCGUCUCGGCCCUCGCGGCGCUCAAGAGCAAGAAACUCGCCGAAACCAAUCUCGAGAAGCGGCACGCGACACUAUACCAGCUCGAGGAAGUGGCGACCAAAAUUAGCCAGGCCGCCGACAACGUCGCCAUGGUGCGCGUCAUGCAGAGCAGUACCUCAGCGCUGCGGUCGCUCAACAGCCAGGUCGGUGGUGCCGACAAGGUCGACGAGGUCCUCGACUCCCUGCGUGAGCAGAUGGGCCAGGUAGACGAGGUGGGCAAUGUAAUUGCCGACACCGCGGGCGUGUACAGCGCCGCGACUGUAGACGAGGCAGAAGUUGACGACGAAUUCGAGGCCAUGCUUGCAGAGGAACGGAGGAAGGAGGAGGCGGCGCAGCGAGUCAAGGAUGAUGCAGUCAGGAAGGACGCAGAGGACACGGCAGCCGAGGAGACGAGGAGGAAGCUGGCCGAGCUCGAAAGGUUGGGUCCAGUCCCGACACAGCAGCCAGACGCAGGAAAGGAGGCAGAGAAGCGACCAACGACGCCUGGUACAGCUACCGCUGAAGAACUGGAGAAAUUGAAUGUUGGUCACACAUCAGCGGAACAGCCAAGGAAAGAGCCCGUGCGGCUUCCAGCAGAGUAG